GUGACUGGCUCAGCCUCCCCCGCUCCAGCCUCCCUGUCGGCCGCUCCCCUCCACUCUUUCCUUUCUUAGGGUCGCAUCAGGCGAUCCCCUCUUCUCCCCCAGGUCGUUCCUGCGCUCCCAGCGAGCAGGGUGGACCCUGCCUCGCCUCCUCCCCUCGGGCUCGGGCGGCGCAGGCGCAGCAGACGCGGCCGGGAGGCCGAGGACCAGAGAGGCUCCGGCUCCGGCUCCACCCGCGCAGUCAGCGCCCGGCUGGCUAGUCUGCGGCCACCGGGACGCGUCGGGCAGGGUCGGCGGGCGGUGUCGCCAUGGGCUCGGGCUGGAGCAGCGAGGAGGAGGAGAGGCAGCCGCUGCUGGGGCCAGGGCUCGGGCCUGCUCCAGGGGCUGCGCGCAGGGGCCGGGAGGCGGCGGCGGUCCUGCCAGCGGCUGGCCCGGGCCCCGGGCGAGUGUACGGGCGCCGCUGGCUGGUGCUGCUGCUCUUCUCGCUGCUGGCGUUCGCACAGGGCCUGGUCUGGAACACCUGGGGCCCCAUCCAGAACUCGGCGCGCCAGGCCUAUGGCUUCUCCAGCUGGGACAUCGCGCUGCUGGUACUGUGGGGGCCCAUUGGCUUCCUGCCCUGCUUCGCUUUCAUGUGGCUGCUGGACAAGAGAGGUUUGCGGGUGACCGUGCUUCUGACAUCCUUUCUUGUUGUUUUGGGAACUGGUCUAAGGUGCAUACCUGUAUCUGACUUAACCCUUAGGAGAAGAUUAAUCCACGGAGGACAGAUAUUAAACGGGCUGGCAGGUCCAACUGUCAUGAAUGCAGCCCCGUUUCUCUCUACGACAUGGUUCUCUGCAGAUGAACGAGCCACAGCCACAGCAAUUGCAUCAAUGCUGAGUUACCUCGGUGGAGCAUGUGCGUUCCUCGUCGGGCCCCUUGUUGUUCCAGCUCCCAAUGGGACAUCGCCCCUUCUGGGUGCGGAGAGUAGCCGGGCUCAUAUCAAAGACCGCAUCGAGACUGUGCUGUAUGCAGAGUUUGGAUUUGCCUGUCUAAUAUUCUCUGCCACCCUCGCCUAUUUUCCACCCCGGCCUCCUCUUCCUCCCAGUGUUGCUGCAGCCAGCCAGCGGCUGAGUUAUCGGCGCAGCUUUUGUAGGUUACUAAGCAAUUUGAGGUUUUUGAUGAUUGCUUUAGCGUAUGCGAUACCACUUGGUGUGUUUGCUGGCUGGUCUGGAGUUCUGGACUUAAUUUUAACACCAGUGCAUGUCAGCCAAGUAGAUGCUGGCUGGAUUGGAUUUUGGUCUAUAGUUGGAGGCUGUGUUGUUGGGAUAGCUAUGGCAAGGUUUGCAGACUUCAUCCGGGGUAUGCUGAAGCUAAUUCUCCUCCUCUUGUUUUCUGGGGCUACCCUGUCUUCCACAUGGUUCACCCUGACCUGUCUCAACAGCAUCACCCACUUGCCUUUGACGACAGUGACAUUGUACGCCUCCUGCAUCCUCCUGGGAGUGUUCUUGAACAGCAGCGUUCCUAUAUUUUUUGAGCUUUUUGUGGAAACUGUCUACCCUGUUCCAGAAGGAAUUACUUGUGGAGUUGUCACUUUUUUGAGUAAUAUGUUCAUGGGAGUCCUUUUAUUUUUUCUCACAUUUUACCAUACAGAGUUGUCUUGGUUCAACUGGUGCCUUCCCGGGUCGUGUCUGCUCAGUCUUCUCCUCAUUCUGUGCUUCAGGGAAUCCUAUGACAGACUCUACCUUGAUGUGGUUGUCUCUGUGUAAUGCCACAGACUUGCAGGACUACAGAGGGACGAGACAUCAGCCUUGCACAUCUCACGGGAGGAAAGGAGAGGAAACUUCUUUCCGAGGUUUCUCUAGGUUACAGAGUCUCACAUUAAUUUAAUGACUACUAGGUAAUAAUAAUGGCAGACUUGAGUGUCGCGGGGAUUUGAAAACUCUGUGGACGGCACACCCGUGCUGACGGCACACCCGUGCUGACGGCACACCCGUGCUGACGGCACACCCGUGCUGACGGCACACCCAUGCUGACGGUACACCCGUGCUGAUGGCACACCUGUGCUGACAGCACACCUGCGCUGACGGCACACCUGCGCUGGCUUCUGGAGUAGAGGUGUGACAUCUCACAUGGGAUGCACUGCCCACGUAGGCAACCCCUGUGUGUGUUGUUCCAGUGCUAACCGACUAAGGAGCUGAAUUAGGAGAAGAAGCAAGGGUAUUGGUCCCAUGAAGAUGACUCCUCCCAGGCACGUGACAGAAGAAUAGGAGAAACGCCACUAACUUCUAAAGACGUUUGAACCCUAUAUCAGGUUUUAAUUACAGAAUAGCCACGCCGUAUAGCAGUGAUAGAAGUUGGCCACAUGUACACUACAUGUUUUUCUAAUAAAGCCAUUUCUU